UUUAUGUAAAUCAGAAACUUAAACAUUUAGUAAUAUUUUCAUCGGUCUUCGCCGCGCUGCACAUCUGUCUCAGCGACUGACUGGAGAUGCGGCUUGUGGUGCAGAGGGUGUCCAGCGCCUCCGUCAGCGUGAACGAAGAGGUCGUGAGUAAGAUCGGUCGUGGACUGUGCGUGCUGGUCGGUCUUCAGGACACGGACACUCACGACGACCUCGUGUGGAUGGCAAACAAGUUGCUGAAGUUUCGUCUAUUCGACGAUGACCCUGGAAGAAGAUGGGCGAGAGGAGUGCAGGAGGCUGGGCUGGAGUUACUUUGCGUUUCCCAGUUCACGCUGUGCUGCGAGCUGAAGGGCAACAAGCCUGACUACCGCAAAGCUAUGGCGGGCGAGACGGCCUCCGCAUUCUACACACAAUUUCUCGAAAUGCUUCGACGCGAGUACGAAGCUGAGAAAAUUAAAGACGGCGUGUUCGGUGCGAUGAUGCAGGUCGGCAUCAUCAACGAUGGCCCCGUGACGGUGACUUUGGACCACCCGCCCCUGCCACAUGAAAAGAGCAAGCAAGGCGACGUUAGCAGCUCAUCCAAGAAAUCUUAAUAGUUGCAUGCAAAUAAUACAAUAAAAUUUAGUGAACAUGAAGUGGUGCUUCUUUGAUAAUA